ACCAAGAACGCAUCAACGAUUCUCUCCAGCAGGACAGCAGAGCCACUGUCGUGCCAGUAUCAAAACAAUGGUUCGGAUGGGUUAGCUGCAACACCUUCCAAACGCAAUAAACAACGAUUCCUAAAACCAGUUAAUAUUUCACAUAUGAAUAAUGGUAGAAGUGACACGAGGUGGAUGUAAUAACUUGACAGUCAAGCCACAGUUAACCUUAUAAAUAACCCCAAAAUUGGAUGUCAGUGUUGCAUAAACUUAGAGGGUUUGUCAUCACUCUCCACCCGGAAGUCAGUGAUCCAUUGUGUGAGUUUGUAAACAAAGAAUGGCAGUGGAACCUCGUGUAACUGGCAAUAAUGCUAAACCACUCGUGCCACUCUUCACCAGAGCUGCUGAUUGUGUCUACACAAGCUGUUUUUGUGAGGAAAAUGUAUGGAAACUGUGCCAGGACGUUGCGACUAGGCAUACAGCGGAGUUGCAGCAUUGUUAUGUAGCUUUUAUAAGUAAUGAAGACCGAAGAGUCCCACUGUGGAGGCAGCGGGAGGGAAAAGAUGAGGAUCAGGUCAUAGUUUGGGAUUAUCAUGCAAUUUUAAUCUAUGCACCCGACGAACGUGCUGUGGUUUACGAUCUUGAGAGUGCCCUCCCCUUUCCAACAUUUUUCUGGAAAUAUGCCACUGAAACAUUCAGAUCAGACGAGGCACUUCGCCCAGAAUUUCACAGGAGAUUCCGACUUGUGCCAGCAGCUACGUAUUUGCAACACUUCGCAUCCAAUCGAGCACACAUGAAGCGAGAGGAUGGAACUUGGAUCAAAACACCACCUGAUUAUCCGCCGAUAUCUACACCAACGUGCAAGGAUAAUCUCGAUAUGUUCAUCAAUAUGGAGCCGGGUAAAGGACUGGGGAGUGUGUUCAGUCUAAAACAACUAGUCAACAGAUUUUACAGACCAAACGUCAAUCCAACAUCCUCACCCUCUCCACAGCCUCAAGCGACGCCAAACUAAAUCAUGGGAGCGUUGCAAGUACCGAUAUCCUACUCUUAUAAGAUGAUUUACUUGGGAAUGUUGAUCGCAAGGGAGAAUUGAACGUCUUAUUGUACGGCCUAAGACUUCCUCGAGUUUUGGGUAGUCGAGGGGUUUGAAGGGGUCGUACAGUGAUUGGUCUUGCGUUGGGCACAUUCAUACGUUUGAAAAAUGAUUUAUGCGAAUGGAAAAUUUUUUUCGAUCCUCUUUUAGAGGAUACAAAAAUUCAAUUAUUCAAUUGAAUGAAGAUUUGCUUUGUUCACUCGUUAAAAAAUCUUCUUGAUCGCGCAGAAAUAGGCUAGUGUCCAUGGACACGCUGUUAAGACAUAAUCUUCUUGAUGAUGGAGUUUGGGAACCAAUUCCUGAAGAGGUUUGUAACGGAAACUUUUCUCAGGUGCAAAAUUUUUUUUUGCGUUUUUCUUUAAAUGUCCACUGCUAUCUAAGGUGAAUAACGUAUUUGCACAGGUGGGAAUAAUGUAUAUUAUACGCGAUUUUAAUCUUUGAAUGAGUAAGGCAGUCCAUCCUAAAAGCGAAAAUACAUUUUAUGCAUUCAAUUCACAUAAAUCAUUUCCCGGACGUCGGGAAAAUUUAAUAUUACUAUCAAAUACUUGAUCUACUCUCUUACUAAUUAUUCAACCUCUCUUGAUAAACGCUUUAACCGCAUAUCUCUACAAAAAUCCUCAGAUAUUUCAAGAAUCCAGGAAAAAAAGAAAUUGAAAUCAUUUUUCUAUAAAGUUCAACUUCUUUUUAAGCAAAGGAGUAAAGCCCACCAAUCAAUAAGAAAAUAAUGAUGAGACUUGAGUAGAGUCGCCUUCGAUAAGUGUUCUUGCCUUGGUAUAACACACUCCCUAUCCACUGAUUAUAGAAAUCUUUUUAAAAAAGGAAAUCCCUCUGUCAGCAUUCUCUUUUCUUUUUCAUCGUUCUUUUAUACAUAAUUUUUUUAAACAAUUGUCGUAUAUCAAAGACUGAUGUUAAUCACGGAGGAAAAAAAACGCAGUUUACAAUACCAAGAUUUUAUCAGAACAUAUAACUCGCAUUGAUAUUUAUGCGCUUACUGUUGAUUGUGCGAUUUGAAAAAAUAUUUAAAAUACUUAAAAUAAUGAAAUAAUUAACUGAUAAAAUGCUUGAUAAUUGAUUGGAUGAAUCAUUAUUACUCAAUGAUGAUUAAUAAAUAAAACAAUUUUUAAACUCUUCACAGAGAUAAUGUGAUUAUAUUACAAUUAUUGUAAUUCUUGUGAUACUUUACACUUUCUACUUUUAAAAUAGUUUUUAAUCAGUUUUUUUCUCAUCUAUUUGUAUUUUUAAUGGUCCAUUGAGGGAUGUCUCUCGAGGUAUUCACACAACGGGUCCCUCUGCAUUCAUUCGCUCGAUCAUUGAUGAUGAAUUCAGUAAAACUCUUGGGAGAAUUGGUGAACCUGUCUGGAUUGAAAGAUUUUAAUUGUUAAUUGCUGAAUUAUCUUCGUAAGGAGUGGUUUUAACGACGCACAGAGGACAUUCCUGUGACCAGGCUUUAAUUGGAUCUGAUAAUCAUUUCGGAAUUGAAAAAAAUCCUAAAACUAUUUUUAUAGAUAGUAGAAAACUGUAAAUUCGGCCAUUAUAUCAAUCAAAAUGGGAUUGAUAGAAUGACAAUUAUUAAAAAUAAUAGUGAAAAUCUGAUAAAAGUUCAGAUAUAGUCUUUGUGCCACCCAAAUGUCCACAGGGUGAGCUUUAUAUUCGUAUGAGGUCGAUACAUCGUAUCACCUGCUAAAUGUCAGAAGAUUUUUCUUUAGAGGAAUUUUUCUCAUCUAUAGAAAAAUUGUCCUGACAUUCUUUGAUAAACCCACUCGUUAUCGAGAUAAACUAUAAUGAACACACAUUUCACGGCUGAGCUGAACAGUUUUAUCACUUCGCUACUGGAUUAUUUAACCAAUGACAUUUCUGAUUGUAAAACGACCAAAUUCAACAUCGAAAUAAUUAAUUAUCAGCCAACGAAAGUUUCUAUAAUUAUCUCGGAGUCCCUAACAACGAAAUUAUAUCUAUUUGUUUGUAGCUGAUUAACGAGUAAAAAAAGAUUUUAGAGUGGAGAGGCAGGUACGUUGGAGAUGAUUUUUUAUGAAGAUAGAUCCUCCAUCAAUGAGCGAGCAAACAAAAAAAAAUUUCAUCUAACCAUUUUCUCUGACAGAACAGAACCAAAUUCAAGCUUCUCCCACUUUUCAAUAUUUACUACUAUUUAAAACCUCUUCAUAGAUAAAAUUUUUGAAAUUACCAGUGCAACUUUUAUAUAAAAAUAUAUUGAUUAGAUUACGGUACCUUUAUAUGAGAGGUACACAGUGUAUAUUAUUUUUCAGUCGGGCUAUGGAGAAAAACGUCCUGAUAAAAAUGUUGAAUGGAUAAAAACGAAAAUAAAAAUUUUAUGUGGUAAACUUAUUAACGUUGCCAAACUCAUUAUGGACCUAUCCGUGAGAAUGAAUGAUCUUGGGCCCUCGAAUAAUUCGAACUGAAAUGAUCCAUUUCGACUUUCAAUCUGUCCAUAACGAGGAAAUUGUAUAAAUAUCUUCAGAAAAAAUGUUUUUCUUUCAUAUUUUACCUCAAUUUCACUCAUUCUGUUGGAUAACAACGUUAGUAGCUAAGUUUUGGGUCUAAUCUGAAUAGUUUUACCACUCGGGUACAACAGCAAUGGAAUUCCUUUCGCUUUAAUAAAAUUAUAAAUGUAAAUUCGUUGUUCUACAUCGGAAUUUGCCAAUUUUCGAUCAUUGAAUAACAAAACAAGUAUUAGAAUUUUUCUUAUACUUAAGCAUGCUCAUCUGUCUGAAGUAUUGAAGAUAUAAAGAGAAUUCCCUACAAUUAAUAAAUCUUUAAUUUCCGAUUAAUCUGAAUUCUGUCAGUUUUCAGAUUCUAGAAGACAAAAAUUGGAUGAUGAACAUGAUAACAAGAAUAGCAUUAGUGGAUAAAUUUUAUAUUUGUCGAUUUUCGACGAUGUAACCUUUUUCAUUAAAAAUCCAUGUUGCUCUCUGCAAAAGCUGAUGCCAGAUUAAACGAGUGAGACAACCAUGGAAAAAAUUGAAUAACUAAAUUAACUGUAACAAUGUGGUACAGAUGUGUAAACAUUUGCGUUGAUUCUUGAGAUGUUUAUUGUCUUCAACUUAUGGUGAAAAAUUAUGUAAUAAUUAUUGAACAGAAAAACUAACUAUCAAGUAUGUAAA